AUGAAUACCUACGGAAAGGCACUCCAAAGCCUCCGGCUUGCUCUCAACGGGCCGGGGGCCCUCAGCCCAGAGACCUUGGCUGCCGCUACGAUGAUCCACCAAACCGGAGAGGCAUUCUUUCUCAACAUGGGCUGGUCCGCUUGGAAGGCACACUCAGAUGGGGUGGCCCAGCUGCUGAUCAGGAAAGGGCUGCCCAACUUGGGAGACAAACUGGAUGUCACGGCCACAUUGACAAAUCAGUCCCUGAUGGCAGGAUACGAACUCAAGUUUCCCGGUGAGACACCUUUCAGCAGUGCGCCGUGGAAAGAAGCCUUGGAGCAGAUGCGGCGUAUCAGUCUGGCCGAUGAAGGCUUAGGCCAAGACGGGCUAUGGGUCCCGAUGACUGAACUCCUCGAACAUUGCUUCUACAAAAGAGUGGAGUGGGCAACCGUCAUCAAGUCAGCCCAUGCUGAUCCCAUCCCGUACACUGACAGAUCGAAAGAAAUCUCAACCCACAUGUGGCAGGCCUUGGACGAGUUUGAGGCCGGGCUGCCGGAAUACUGGGCUUACAUUCGAAAGAAUGUGGGAGAUUUCGGAGAAGUGGCUGAUGCUGACUUCUUCGUGGGGAAGAAAUACUGGAUGGCGCCUGGUCCGAAGAGCCGCGUGGUGGCAGAGUACAUCUUCAAUAUCCUUUACAUGCAACUUAUGGUGUCCCGCAUGCUCUACGAUCUCGGCGUUCUGUACGGCGAAUCUUGGCUUGACGCCAUCAAAUCGAAGCACCGCGAACUAAGUGCUCAAGCAUGGAUGCUCAUCCCGCACAUGAUGCAGAUAAAUCCUUUCGAACUACAACAAUUCAUGCCCAUAUACUACUUGUCAUUCGAAGGGGCCGAUGAGAUAGAGCAGAAAAAUAUUCUCGACGCGGCGGAGCACAUUGACAAACCUAUGCGCCGAUUCGGCCAGAACCGGGAUGAGCUGCAGUGCGGUUUACUCUCCAAUGCAAAAUUUAUGACGGGCAAGCCAUGA